AUGGGGUGUAAGCAGAGGAGGAAAAUGUUUUCAAAGGCUCUGUUUGCUCUGUGUUUAACAGGAUCAUGCAGAGACUCGGGGCUGCUCAUCUCUGUCCUUAGGACUUUAUCCACCAGUGACGAUGUGGAGGACAGGGAGACCGAGAAGGGCCGGCUGGAGGAGGCCUAUGAGAAGUGUGACCGGGACCUGGACGAGCUGAUCGUGCAGCACUACACGGAGCUCACCACGGCCAUCCGCACCUACCAGAGCAUCACCGAGCGCAUCACCAGCUCCCGCAACAAGAUCAAACAGGUGAAGGAGAACCUGCUCUCCUGCAAGAUGCUGCUGCACUGCAAGAGGGACGAGCUGCGCAAGCUGUGGAUCGAGGGCAUCGAGCACAAGCACGUCCUGAACCUGCUGGACGAGAUCGAGAACAUCAAGCAGGUCCCUCAGAAGCUGGAGCAGUGCAUGGCCGGCAAGCGCUACCUCAACGCCACCGACAUGCUGGUGUCGGCCGUGGAUUCCCUGGAAGGCCCCCUCCUGCAGGUGGAAGGGCUGAGUGACCUGAGGCUGGAGCUGCACAGCAAGAAGAUGAACCUGCACCUGGUGCUGAUCGACGAGCUGCACCGGCACCUCUACAUCAAAUCCACCAACCGCGUGGGCCAGCGCGGCAAGGACAGGGGCAGGAUCGGCUCCCUGGUGAAAGAUGCCUCUCCUGUGCCUCUGAUGGAUGUCACUAAUUUAUCCACACCUCGGAAGUUCCUGGAAACCUCCCAGUUCAGCACUCCUGGAAGCUCCAGCAUGCGAGACUCGAGCCUGCUGGAAAUCAAGGAAGACACGGAACUGGAUCCAGAGGAGAACAGCAGUGUCUUCAUGGGAAUUCUCAUCAAAGGGCUGGCCAAGCUGAAAAAAAUCCCAGAGACAGUGAAAGCCAUCCAGGAUCGCUUGGAGCAGGAGCUGAAGCAGAUUGUGAAGAGAUCCACGACUCAGGUGGCUGACAAUGGUUACCAGAGAGGGGAGAAUAUUUCCCAGGAAAACCAGCCCAGGUUGCUGCUGGAGCUGCUGGAGCUUCUCUUCGACAAGUUCAACGCGGUGGCCGCCGCGCACUCGGUGGUCCUGGGGCACCUCCAGCAGACAGUGGCCUCUCCCUGCAGCCAGCACGAUGGGGACAUCAAGCUCUACGACAUGGUUGACGUGUGGGUGAAGAUCCAGGAUGUCCUGCAGAUGCUGCUGACAGAGUACCUGGACAUGAAGAACACCCGCACGGCCUCGGAGCCCUCGGCCCAGCUGAGCUACGCCAGCUCCGGCCGGGAAUUCGCCGCCUUCUUCGCCAAGAAGAAACCCCAGAGGCCUAAAAACCCCCUGUUCAAGUUUGAGUCCUCCUCCCACGCCAUCAGCAUGAGUGCCUACCUGCGGGAGCAGAGGAGGGAGCUGUACAGCAGGAGCGGGGAACUGCAAGGAGGACCGGAUGAUAACUUAAUUGAAGGUGGCGGAUCCAAGUUUGUCUGCAAACCGGGAGCCAGGAACAUCACCGUCAUCUUUCAUCCCCUCCUCAGGUUUAUCCAGGAGAUCGAGUUUGCCAUGGAGCUUGGCCCAGCCAAGCAGUGCCCCCUCAGGGAGUUCCUCACCAUGUACAUCAAGAACAUCUUCCUCAACCAGGUCCUGGCUGAGAUCAACAAGGAGAUCGAAGGCGUCACCAAGGCGUCGGACCCGCUCAAGAUCUUGGCCAACGCGGACACCAUGAAGGUCCUGGGGGUGCAGAGGCCUCUGCUGCAGAGCACGGUGAUCGUGGAGAAGACGGUGCAGGACCUGAUGAACCUGAUGCACGACCUGAGCGCGUACUCGGAUCAGUUCCUCAACAUGGUGUGCGUGAAGCUCCAGGAGUACAAGGACACCUGCACCCUGGCCUACAGGACCAUCGUGCAGUCGGAUGAGAAGCUGGUGAUCAGCGCGUCCUGGGCCAAGGACGACGACAUCAGCAGGCUCCUGAAAUCCCUGCCCAACUGGAGCAACAUGGCCCAGCCCAAGCAACUGAGACCCAAGAGGGAGGAGGAGGAAGACUUUAUAAGGGCCGCUUUCGGCAAAGAAUCCGAAGUUCUCAUCGGCAACCUGGGCGACAAACUGAUCCCUCAGCAGGAGAUCCUGCGCGACGUCAGCGACCUCAAGGCCUUGGCCAACAUGCACGAGAGCCUGGAGUGGCUGGCAGGGCGCACCAAGGCGGCUUUCUCCAGCCUCUCCACCUCCCAGACCAUGUCUCCAGGCCAGGACAGCCAUUCCAGCAUGGAACAGCUCCCUGCAUCCGAACAGAUCCUGCAAACGCUGAGUGAGCUGGCCAGGUCUUUCCAGGAGAUGGCCGAUCGCUGCCUGCUGGUUCUGCACCUGGAAGUCAGGGUUCACUGCUUCCACUACCUGAUCCCUCUGGCCAAGCAGGGGAACUAUGCCAUCGUGGCCAACGUGGAGAGCAUGGACUAUGACCCGCUGGUGGUGAGGCUCAACAAGGACAUCAGCGCCAUCGAGGAGGCCAUGAGCGCCAGCCUCCAGCAGCACAAGUUCCAGUACAUCUUCGAAGGGUUGGGCCACCUCAUCUCCUGCAUCCUCAUCAACGGCGCCCACUACUUCAAGCGCAUCAGCGAGUCCGGCAUCAAGAAGAUGUGUCGGAACAUCUUCAUCCUCCAGCAGAACCUGACCAACAUCACCAUGUCCCGGGAGGCCGACCUGGACUUUGCCAGGCAGUACUAUGAGAUGCUCUACAACACGGCAGACGAGCUGCUGAACCUGGUGGUGGAUCAGGGGGUGAAGUACACGGAGCUGGAAUACAUCUACGCCCUCAACCUGCUGCACCGCAGCCAGACGGGCGUGGGCGACCAGACCACGCAGAACAUGAGGCUGCAGCGGCUCAAGGAGAUCAUCUGUGAGCAGGCUGCCAUCAAACAGGCCACCAAGGACAAGAAGAUCACCACGGUGUGACCCGCCCUGCCCCUCACACCCAGGGGAGAGCCGGGACUGGCAGGUGGCAGGUCCAGGCCUCUGUCUGUGUGCUGGUGGGGAGGGAAAUGCCACCUGGGAUUUGGGGUUGGGGUUGGUUUUUGGGGGGGUUCUGAUGUGUAUUCAUCAUCAUGCUUCUUCACACGUUCUCCCACGGCAGGACCAGGAAUCCUGGUGGAGUUUGGGGUGGGAUAGUUGGCUUUGCUCUGCUCUGCUCUGCUCUGCUUUGGGGUGUAAAAACAAUCUGCUGUCUCUGGUGGGGUGGGCAAAGAGAAGAUCUCACACUGGGAGGGUCAGGGAGUUCAGACCAUGCUAAAUAAACAGCACCAUAACAGUCAAGCACAGUCCUGUGGGGAUCUUGAUGGUUUUGAGCCCUGUUUUGAGGCCUGCUCAGCUCUGCAGCGAGUUCUCCACAAGAGUUUUCUCCAUGUGAAAAGUGGAGAAGCUCCACAUGAAGUUUUGUGCUGUUCCCACUGCAAAGAGACCUCGUUGUUUACUCCUUCACCUGAUACAUCCUUCAGCCAGUUCUCAGUGUGGGAGGGAACACGGGACCAUUUGUUUCCCACUUGUACUUUUUCAUUAUCCUGGAGCCAUCUGGCACCGGGCAAUGGAGAGAAUCGCCAACAUAAGAUAAUAACAGAGCUUAAUUCUCUUGUUCCCAGUGUAUCUUUGGAGCCUGCCCAGCUCCAAAGGCGUUUUGUCAUUGUCAUUUGAUGUUCUGGAAGGACACACGGGGUGAUGUGGCUCAGCACUGAUGAUCAGCAAGGGCAGGAGGGCAGAUCCAAGCUCUGUGGGCUGAGGGACACUCAGGUCACCAUUCCUGCCCUGUCUUGACCAUAGUCUUCAAAAAUAAGGUCGCACUCCACUUGUAUUUGGCAAAUAAAUUGUUGACCCAGCUGGGUUUCACUUGCUGAGAAAGGUUCUCCCUGGGCUGUGUAACUUGGGUGUCCUGAAACUGCAAAAUUAAAGGAUGUUUAAAGACUCUUCAAA